UUCAUGUUCUUAAUCCAAAUAAAUCAGCUUAAGUAUGAGGAAAAUACCAUUGUAUAGAAAUAUUUCAUCUUUGUGAUCCAGCAUGAAAACAUUAUUCUGAGUCAAGCAAGGCCGACUUGAACUACAAGUCAGACACCAAGGAAUAAAAAACCCCCCAAAAAACAAAUUAGAUUACAUGUAAACAAUAGCCAGACUGUAUUGUGUGUAUGUAGCAUCACGUUGACCUAAACCCAACAGUUGGAUGAUGAUAAAUACUCAUUCGUCAAAAGGUCGGGGGUCAAGCUGUCCACGUGGGUCUGCUCUUUGGGUGAUGCAGUCCAGACCUGGUGUGUCUGUGCUUGGCUGUAAGUGUGUGCUGGUGUGUGUGUGUGUGUGUGUGUGUAUCUGUUAAAGGAUUUGAACUGAAACGGAGCAGCACGGCGCAUUAUGCAGAGCUUGUUUGUGUGCGUAUAUUUUUCUACUUCGGCUGAAGUUGUGGUGCACAGAUUGGGGUCGGGAGCCAUCAGGAAAGCGAUGAUGUUGACAGGUUAAAAGAUGAUUCUAAUUUUUCACAAAAAUAAAAGAGAAACAAGUCCCGGUCCCAGAGAAAAAGUGGUCUCACAAAGAGAAUAAGGGUGCUUGAGGAGUAAUGAGGGGCUGGAUUUCCAAAUGCAUGUGGCAUCGUGUGAGGGAUGAAGCAGACAAUUAAUCCUGCAUCUGGGAAAAUUUACAGUGUCCCAGUGGAUAGAUAACGACAUUGUAACCUCAAACACAAUGACUGUCUAUUAUGGAUCGAGCCACUCUUGUCACAGCGGGAGGUCAAGACACCAAGACGACCUUCUCCAGCACAUUCAGGCACUCUGUGAAAGACAGACCAUGAGGGCACUUAUACUUAACAAAACAGUGCGACUUUUUUUUUUCUUUUAUAGACGCGAGUGUUCGACAAGAUUCCAUGUGCGCUCAUGUCUCCAUCUGAGUGCCCAUCUGUGUGCCUAUAGGCUUUGUUCCCAAGCUUCUGCAGGCCUCCCACUGUAAUUGCACCAGUAAUUGUGAAGUGAUAACCCCAUUUCCACAGGAAAUGUGCCCCGGUUUCCUCACCCCCCGCGUCCCUCUCCUGCCCCUCCAACGACACCCUCCUCUUGUGGCGCAGCCAACAAAGUCCUCCCUUUGGGAACGCUGCACCAGACAGCUAAAGUUCCCUGGGGCUCAGUGAGCAGACAAACAGACUGACAAAGACAGAUGCUCACAAAGACACAGAAACAAAGGUACACACAUGUGUAGAUCCUUAAUGCUCUCACAUGGACAAUGCUUUAGGCUGGGGGAGAAUAAUUGGACAGAUUAAUGGUAAAGGAAGCUUGUGUUUGUGUGUUAAAAGGCUUUGCAAUAAGGAAUAUAAUAUAGUUGGAGACUAAAGGUAGAGAAAAUGUUUAUUUCAUCCCCAUCUACUUUUUAUUUCUACUGAAAUAUUUAGCGAUUCUUAGGAGAUUUCAAAUGGAAACCAUUUGAAUUGAACCUAACUAUUCAUAAACUCCGGCCCCUGGAUACCGGGACGUCACAUCUGUCCUCAUAUGCUCUUGCUAUGCCAGCAUGGAAAAACUGCACUGACAUUCGCCGCACUCUGUGCCAAAUGGAUUUUUUUCCCGUCAUUCCCAUCUUAUGACCACCACGCAUCACCUUGACAACAACAGCUGUGCUCAGAUCUAUCUGUCAGCCUCAACCUGCAGGAAAACAAAAACCCAACAAAAGGAAAAGAAAACAAAACACACACAUAAGACACCAUUCAAAAGGAUUCAGUUAGCUUCUUUUUGUCACAUUUGAACCACAGACAUUGGGGGAUUAUGCUGUAUAUUGUAGAUCGACACAAAGUAGCCUGUGUUUGAGAAGUGAAAACAUCCAAAUUUUUGUAUUUCUUAUACAAAUGGAAAUCUGCUGUUCUAAAUCAAAAAUUUGCAAAGCCAACAAGUUCUUUGGGAUGUGUUUGUAACAGAUCACUGAAACUCAACAGCAAUUUUUGAUUAUUUUAUAAUUUCUUAUUGUGUCUAGGUCUGUACUUUGACUGGGCCAUUCUAACACAUGUUCUAAUCGCUUUAACCCUUUCACUGUGUUUCACGCUAGCUGUAAGUUUCAAAAGUCAUAAAGAACAUUACUUUGAACAUUAUGCUAUCCUCCUCAUGUUUCACCAUGGUGUCUUUACAGUGAUAGCUUUCCUCCACACGAUAAAAUACGUUGACAUUUUUGUUUGUAGUCUGACAAAAUGUGAACACAAUCUUUAACGUUAUUCCUUGGUAUAUUCUUAAUUCAAAAAGACAAACAAAAUCAAAACAGGGUUGCAGGGAUGGUGUUUUAGCAGCUGGAGGAAACAAACACAUUGUUUAUCUAAUAUAAAAUAACUUUUCAGAUGUUGCUGUGCCAGACGGUGCUGUACUCAUAAGAAUUAUUUUUAUUUUAUUUUAAAAAUCCAGUAAAUAUAUUUUUCUUUUCCAGAGUUUGAAUAUUUGAAACUUUGAUCUGGCUGGGCAUUGAUUCAUCCUCCAAAUCCACAGCAAAAAAAAAAAAAAAAAAGAAAAGAAAAAGAAAGUAAUUGCAUGAAAAAGUGGAGCAGAGGAAUAGGAAGGCACCUUCAAACUCUCUGACAGCUCUCUUUAAAAUUGCAAGUAGGGCACUGGCCUUGGAAGAAGAUGAGAAGUGAAGCUGUAGCUUAGAGCAGAGCUACUGAAUGCUUCAGGCAUCUUAAGCAGCGCUGGCCGACACCUGCUUGCUAAUUUUAAAGCUACUUUCACUUUGUCUUCUGUUCAGUUCCCUUUACGUUUUAUCGUACGUUUUCACCUCAUCUUUCAUAACUACUCUGACUCCAUCCAAAUGAAUCAAAUUAAAGUGUUAUUGAUUCACGUCUCUCCAUUGUGUAGCAUAUGAUUAUUUGCACUUAGACACCAUGUGGCAAAUUGAAUAAAGCAGCCCGAGCUCGGUGAUUAUGUCGUGAUAAACUGUUGCCAAGUGCUUGUUCAGAGGAAAUUGUCAGAUCUUUAAAUGCAACCCCCCCCCAGGGUGCCUUUUGUUAUGAAAAUAUAUUACGAUUUUGCACGUUUCACAGAUUUAGUUUUGGAGAAACAUCCAUGAGUCAAAAAUAUUAUUUAACACCUACUUAGGAAGCUUCAAUGCAUCAUUGAAAAUUACCUCCACUGUUUAACUGAGUCUUUUUUUUCUUUUCUAUUAAUUUGGCCUUGUUAGUUUAGCAGCACACAGAUGCAUUUGCUUGUCGGUGCGUCCGAGAGAGGGAAUGUUCUGCAGUGCAGGAAUGUCCUUAGCUGCAUCACACGCCGCACAUUUGCUCUAAUCACAUUGAGGUCUGUCAGUGCUCCCAUGACCAGCAGCCUUUAAUCUAAUGUUCACCAUGGAUAAAAAUAGGUGGCUGCUGACAAAACACACAUUCAUGCGAACACACACCUAUGAACACGGUGUAAACAACACACUUACAGAGGCAAAUGUGGACAGGCAGAGCCAUCCACUGAAAGAAAGGGACCAUUCAUGCACAGAUUUUAGCAUGUAGGCACAGACUUGUGGGAUUACGGCGCAGGACGUCUGUUCCUUUACACCGUAACCUUUUCCGUCUUUGAUUCCCAGCGACAGGAGUCAGAGGCCAAUUGGCUCUGAUCAGAGAGCUCAUUCAAAAUGGCCGUCUACUGACGCUGCCUUUGGAAGCAGGAGACCUCCACUCCCUGCUGCCUGAUGAAGACAGGAGGCGUCUUUACGUGGCCAUGAAAGAUAAUCUUCUCUCUACGAGUCUGGAUGACAUCACACAGAACCCGCGGAAGCUUUUCUGGCCAGCCAGUCCGGACCGGGUCCAAGAAUGUCUCAUGGCUGGGAAGGAUUCAGAGCUGGAGUGUGCGAACUUCCUGCGAGCUCUGCAGCCUUUUAAUCAGACGCACCUGUACGUGUGUGGCACCGGGGCCUUCAAUCCCCGCUGUGCUUUCAUAGCUACCAGCAUCUUCCACCAGGCAGAGUACCAAACUCUCUCCUACAGCCAGACAGAGUGUGGGAAAGGGAAAUGCCCCUACGACCCGUUCCAGAAAACAGCUUCUGCAGUUGUUGAUGGAGAGUUGUACGCCGGCAUCACUUCAGACUUCAUGAGUCGAGACUCCGCUUUCUUUCGGAGCCUCGGCAGGCGACACGUCAUCCGUACAGAGCAGUACGACUCCACCUGGCUGCAGGAUGCCCAGUUUGUGCGGGUAGCGCCACUGUCUGAAACUGAUAACCCAGAGGACGAUAAAGUUUACGUGUUCUUCACUGAGCGUGCCCAGGAGGCGGAGGGGGCGGCCGGGAAGGUUCUCUACUCCAGAGUGGCACGAGUUUGCAAGAAUGACAUCGGAGGUCAGAGGAGUUUAGUGAAUAAGUGGAGCACCUUCCAGAAGGCCCGGAUGGUGUGUUCGGUUCCAGGACCAGACGGCCUGCAGACUCAUUUCGACCAGCUGCAGGACAUCUUUAUUCUCCAUGGGAAAGACAAGAAGAAUCCUCUCAUCUACGGCCUGUUCACAACUUCAAGUGACAUCCUGAACGGUUCGGCGGUGUGCGUUUAUCGAAUGGAGGACGUGGUUCGAGCCUUUAAGGGCAACUUUCUGCAUAAAGAGGGGCCCCAGUACAAAUGGGCCGAGUUCACAGGAAAAGUGCCUUAUCCACGGCCGGGAACUUGUCCCAGCAGCACUUAUGGAAGCUACAGCUCAACCAGAGAAUAUCCUGACGACGUGAUUUUCUUCAGCAGGACUCAUCCGCUGCUGCAGGAACAUGUGCUGCCUCUGGGAGAGCGCCCACUGUUGGUGAGAGUGGGUGUUCACUACAAGUUUAGCAAGCUGCUGGUGGACCGGGUGGAGGCUGUGGAUGGCACGUAUGACGUCCUGUUCAUCGGCACAGAUUCAGGACUUGUGCUAAAGGCUAUCCAUCUGCCAAGAGAGCACGGUCAGAGUCAGGAGGUCACUCUGGAGCAGCUGCAGGUUUUUCAGCACAAAUCACCCGUGACGGCGAUGGCGUUGUCAAAGAAGAAGUGGCUGUUUGUGGGCUCCGGGGAGGGCGUGUCCCAGCUGGCCCUGUACCAGUGUGAGCUGUACGGCCAGGCCUGCGCGGAGUGCUGCUUGGCCAGGGAUCCGUACUGCACCUGGGACGGACAUGCCUGCAGUCCAUAUAUGCCCACCGUGCGCCGGAGAAAUGCUCGUCAUUUAGGGGAGGAGGAGGAUCCACUAACUCAGUGCGUCCGACAGGGAGCUGGGCUGCAGGUGGAGGCGGAGCAGAGGGUCGUGAUGGUUGCCGAGGGUAACAGCACCUACCUGGAGUGUCUGCCUCGGUCCAGACACGCUGCCGUUACCUGGUACAAACAAGCUGGAGAGAAUAGCGCCGAACUAAACCAGGUUAUGACAGGUGACCAGCUGGUGGUGAUAGAGCGCGGCGUCCUGAUUCGGCGAGCCGAGCUCUCUCAUGGUGGCGUCUACCACUGCCAGGUGGAGGAGCACGGCUAUCACUGGACCGCAGUCACCGUCCGCCUCGCUGUCUGGAGCCCCUCUGCCAAUCGCGUCCUCUCCUCCUUGGCUGGUUCGUCCUAUCAGAGCGCAGGAACUCAGCCCUGGUACGAGGAUGUGAUGGCCCUGAUUCAUCCCGGCAACCUGGGCGAGCACUGCAAGGCCCUGGGCUACCGUCCACCGCGCAGCCAGCGCCGUCGCGGGGACUUUAUGAUUCCGCCACAUAAGGAGAAGGAGAGGGCUGAGAAGCACAAGCAUGGUGGAGGAAGAGGAGGUGGAGGAGGAGGAGGAGGAGGAGGAGGAGGGGGGGGAGGACGCGCCGUGGGACGGAAGAGCAGGAGCAAGCCUCAACAGAGGGCACCGAGGAGCGCCUGAGCGCACAGCGUCACUGACUGAGACACACACACUUUGUGUAACCCAAACAUGAACACACUUAACUUAUACUUUAGGACCCACUCAUACUGUAUGUACAGAGACUACUUCAUGCGCAUGCACUUAUCUAAAAUGAAAACGGCAUCCUCUCAUCUUAGUGGCAAGUAGUCAAACUCCACAUAAUCAUCUGAACUUUGUACAGGACGGCUUGGACAGCGGAGGACCGCUUCGCUCGGACAAAUGACUUUGUGAAUAAACGUGCAAAAGUAGAUUAGCUUAGGUUGCUUAGCAUGCCGAAUGAAGGACGAACAGCACAGCCAGGUCACUCUGUGCUGUGACGAGGACAUUUCAGUGGAUAUUAUUCAGGUUUUUCAAAAGCUAAAAUUUAACAUUUUAAAAACACGUUGCCCUACUGAAAGGAUGUUGAGCCUAAAGGAAGACCUUUGACCUUUGUAUGUUCUUCCCACUUAAUUACCAAAUGCAUAUCCAGUUACUGGCACAAAUAAGCUUCCUGUUGUCUCAGUCAGCUUUUAGAAGAGCAAACUGAGUAGGAGAGUGGAAAGAAAUUUGGGUUGGAGGAAGAAUUUUCUUUAUAUGUUUUGUGCCCAGAUUUGAACCGUUCCCCCUCUUGUGAUGAUUGAGAAUUGGGGAUCAUUAGGAAUACAGCAGCUUGUUCUGCUGUGAUGAGACAGGUCAAACCAAAACAAGGAAAAAACGCAUGUAGACAGUGCUGAAAAGAACUUGGAUGUUGUUACCAAGGCAUCAAAUUGAGAAAUAAUCAACAGUCAGAUGAAAAUUGGGACAAAAAUGUAAAAGAAUUUCUAAAAAAUGACACGAUCAAAUUACAACAGAAAAGCCACAACUAUUCUUUCUGCUGCUGCUACAACAAUAUUAAUCAAUUAUUAUCACAGUUAUAAUGAUGUAAUGAUAACAUUUAUCAAUUAUUUUGUCGUACAUAUUUAAACAGAAACAUGGAAUAAACACUUGUUAAAUUUGGCAAUAGUAUUCAAGUGUUCAUUGUAGUUCAGAGCUGUGUGUGAACCUCUAAAGCAGUGCUACCUUAAUAGGAGCAAUAGGUGGCACUUCUUUAGUUUUGCACACCGUGGCCUGAAAUAUUUCCAAACAGUCAACUUUGACCAGCAAUGUGCAGCAACAUGUGGGGGAGGGGCAUCUACUACACUUCCCCUGGCAUCUCAUGAAAAGGCUCUGGCCUUUUUGUGGUUUUUGAAUUGCAGCUUUUGAACAUUUUGGUAUUCUUUGAAAGCGAACCGACCCUAAUCAGCAGUGAUUGCUAAUUAAAGAUAUUCAAAACUUUCUGGACAGAAACAUAACACGGUAGUAAUGUCCAGAAACAAGUUAAACUAGCUUUUAAUUGGGAAUAAAUAAGGCAUCUGGUCUAUAAAAAAAAACAAACAAAAAAAAAAAACACACACACACACACACACAGGUAGACACAACAAUCAACCGCAGUAGAUUCACAAACUAUUCAUCAACAGGGAGACGUUUGUUAGUUUGUUCAGAAAGGAGCGGUUCCACCUUAAGAUUAUGCACUGUGACCACUGAGAUGAAAAGCAGAGAAGAGUGCAACAAUCCCUUUGAUGGUUGACUUUCCCAGGACGUCGGUGCGGCGUGCUGCAGCUGUACCAACCACUACAAAUAGAGGUUUCCAUUGUGUUUGCCGCAGUGCUUAGCGCUGUAGCGUUAGCCCAGGUUCAGAUGCAGUCCUGCUGCUAAUUUUGUGCCACGUGGGGGACAGAGUGAGCAAAGCAAAACAAGUACAGUUCUCCUUUUAGCUUGGAAUGUGCAUAUUUGCGUAGAUCUGGAGAAUCUGUUGAAAUUUUAUGAAGUAAUAAGAAAUAAAGGGUUUUCCAUGCAGGUGUGAAUGUGGUUUAAAUGGCUUCAACAAGGGUCAUUAUCAGAAAGGUUACUGCUUGGUUUAUCGUUUGGUGUUCAAAUCGGAUGAGACCUUCACGGUUUUGAACUCUUUAUCAUUUAAAGACGACAUUUAAUUGUUUGGUCAUUUGAACUGUGUUUCCUCUCAGUAUGUUGAACUUUGUAAAAUAUGCUUUCAAAAGAUUUUCCACUUGUGUUUGAUCAAAUAAAAAUAAUAAUAAUAAUAAAAAAUUAAAAAAAAAACAAGAAAACACAAGCAGACGAGGCCCUAACAGGCAGAGGACUCUGUACAUAACAUGCAUGUUUCUCAACCUUCAGACUGCAGGUGACUUUGUGUGACUCUGGUUCUGCAGCUCCAGCCUAUAAUGUCGUCUUACUACAAGUGGUGAAAAAGGCUCGUUGUGUGAUCCUGGAGGCAGGGCUCGACGGGAUGUUUUCUGCUGGACUUUGAUUCGUCAGAUGACGGUGACUUUUCGAAACAAUGAAAUGUGACUUAUUAUGUGCUACAUGUUAAACAGAGCUUCUUCCAUCAUCUGUUUGAUUUUAUUCUCUCUUGUAUUUAUUAGUCUGACUUUGAGUAAAGCGUCUUGGUUAGUAAAAGCUCACCACCAAGCCAUAAAGCCCUCACUGUUUUAUUUCUUGUGUUUUUUUUUUUUUACAUGUGAGCAUCUUUGCUUGCUUUUAUAUGUAUAUCUGAUGUCCAGUUGUUACCAUUUCCCCUGUUUAAGCUCCUUCCAACUGCGUCUUCAUUUGUAUUAUUUUGAUAACGUCUUAGGGAAACCUUCCCAUUCUCUUGGUAUUUAAAAGUCGAUCUAUUUCAAGUUGAGGCAGCAAGAACUAAAGAAGUAUUUAAAACAU